CUUAUUGUUGUGGCGAGUCUGCUGGAGAAUGUGCCCAACAUGGCGGGUCUGUGCAGGACGUGUGAGAGUCUGGGUUGUGAGGCUCUGGUGCUGCCCUCCCGGGCCGUGGUGGCCAGCGAAGCUUUCAAGCGCCAGGCAGUCACUAGCGAGCGUUGGCUACCGCUCGUGGAGGUGAGUCCGCGCGACCUGGCCGCGUACCUGCGGGAGGUGCGCGGCAGGGGCUACCUCCUGAUAGGGGUGGAGCAGGCGGCCGGCAGCGUGCCUUUACAGACCUUCACCUUCCCGCAGCGCUGCCUGCUGCUCCUGGGCAACGAGCAGAGCGGCGUGCCUCAGCACCUGAUCGCGAUGCUGGACAAGUGUGUCGAGAUUCCCAUGCUGGGUGUCACUCGCUCCCUCAAUGCGCACGUCAGCGGCGCCAUGGCGGUCUGGCAAUACGUACAGCAG